AUGGCCUAUCCCGACAUCUCCAAUCGCCGCAAAUUCCCCAACACCCGAAGCGCAAUCAUGCCAACCAGCCCUGCACAACUCCACGGCGCAGCCUUGAUCGCACCAACAUACCACAUCACCGUCAAAGUCCUACCACCGUCGUCAUCUAGCCACUAUCUCACGCACAUCCGCGCUGUCGACAACCCUGCAGAAAUCGCUCGCACCCGCGAACACCGCUCUUUCAGAACAGCAGCACACGACUGGAAACAUGAGCACUUCACAUGGAAUUCUUCCGAUAUGGACCGCGGCAUGAACAUCAGACCAAGAAUCAAAUGCGAGCUGGAGUGGGAGAGAGACAAGGAAGACGAGGAGACGGCGCGGGAUAUACGAAACCUAGCGGAGCAGAAGGGUGAGAGGGUACCUGAUAAGCGAGAGGCGCUCGCUAUGGCUUGGCUAGCGAGAGCGGGAAAGAUGGCUGUCGGUCGCGCCAUAUACGAACCUGAUUUCGGGGUCGGGGAUGAGAAGGAGUUCUUGAUCGUCAGCAGUAGAGCCGGAGAUUCCGUGGAGGCGAGCCUAUAUGUGGAUGGGAAGGGAGAGAAGAAGUUUAUCGCGAAGGCUGUCGGGGAGAAUCAUUUCGACGCUGUUAUGGUGCUGGAGAAUGAUUUGGAUGGCUACACUUCCGAUACCUUUCCAUGGACGCAUCACCCUACAUGCGUAGACAUCGUACUACCCAGUAAAGAGAACGAGAGCACAGGAUCAGAUGUUCAUCAGGCAUUCUGUGCCUACACCAAUGCCAACUACAACAACGGUCGCGGAAUCAGCUUUGUUGUGAGCCCCGAGGUCGCGGCUAGUGUAACGAUGGAGACGUUCGGCAUGAGCAUCGGAGGCAUGGAAGGCCAAGUGGGUGAAGAGAUGGGUAUGUGGGAAGUAAAAUAUGCAGGAGAAAAGGGCAAAGGGUUGUUUGCAAAGAAAGAUAUCGCCGGGAUCUUUCCAGGCGAGAGCUUGAUUGUGCAGACUCCUGUGCUGUUCGUCGCUAAGCAGAUACUGGAAAUUCCGGAGAUGCCGAGGCCACAGCUCGUCUUGAAGCAGGCAGUCGAUCAGUUGCCGACAAAAACUAGAGAGAUGGUCAAGAAAUUGGACGUUAAUGUGGAUGGCACCGUCGAAGACAUCGUCGUGACGAACGGCAUUGCUGUGAAAUGGCCAUGGGUUGAUGAGCUGCCCCAGCUUUUGGCAGUUAUUCCCGAGGCUGCGCGUAUCAAUCAUGCUUGUCGACCAAACACUCUAUGGCGUUUCGACGACUACACCCUCUCAUUCGAAGUCUUCGCUCUCAAGGACAUCAAGCCCGGCGAAGAGAUUACGAGAAGCUAUGGCUUCGAAAAGCGUGCUCGUCGACGUCGCGUGAAGUCUAUAGAAGCAAACUUCGGUUUCACCUGCACCUGCCCUCUAUGCACCGCAGACGACGACGCAACAAUGGCAUCCAACGACCGCCUCUCAGAGAUCAAAGCCCUGAAAUCCGUUCUACCCACCGACCCAGAAGAUUCACCGCAGCUUCUCGGCCUCCUCCCCAAGCUCAUCGAGCACCUGGAAGAGGAAGGUCUCUUAACCGAACUACCCCAGUACGAAGAGAUCCUAGCGUACACGUGGAGUAGUUUCGGAAUCGAGGAUCGGGCGAAGUACUGGGCGGGUAGGGCGCAGAAACAUUGGGCUGUUGUAGCUGGUAAAGAGAGCUGGGAGCAGAGGAGGUGUGGGGAGUUGGAGGCGAAUGUUAGGGGCCAUCAGACCUGGAUGACGUGGAAGGGCGAUCCUUGGGAGGGUGUUGGUGAGGGGCAUCCGUGGGAUGAGAAGGAAGGGGAUGGACAUGAUCAUGAGCAUGAGCAUGGACAUGAACAUGGACAUUGA